GCGAACUUCUUCUCUGGAUCAUCUUCCACUCUCUGAAAACAAAAACUCAAAUCACAUCACAUUCUUUGAGAGAAAACGAAAUGCAGAGAUUAGCAAUAAUCUUGCUAACCAUUACAUGCUUAUUGUGCGCGCAUUCCAAUGCAUUGUACAGCGCUCAAUCACCUGUUCUUCAGCUCACUCCCUCCAAUUUCAAGUCUAAGGUUUUGAAUUCAAAUGGGGUCGUUUUGGUGGAAUUUUAUGCGCCAUGGUGUGGUCAUUGUCAAUCUUUAACACCAAUAUGGGAGAAGGCGGCAGCGGUCUUGAAAGGCGUGGCUACUGUUGCAGCACUUGAUGCUGAUGCCCACAAAUCCCUGGCUCAGGAAUAUGACAUCAAAGGAUUCCCAUCAAUAAAGGUAUUUGUACCUGGGAAGGGUCCUGUUGAUUACAUGGGAGCAAGGGAUGUCAAACCUAUUGCAGAAUUUGCUCUCCAGCAGGUUAAGGCACUUUUGAAGGAUCGUUUAAAUGGAAAAACAGGAGGAUCAAGUGAGAAGAAGUCUGAGCCCAGUGCAUCAGUUGAGCUGAACUCGCGUAACUUUGACGAACUGGUACUGAAAAGCAAAGAACUUUGGGUUGUAGAAUUCUUCGCACCUUGGUGUGGUCACUGCAAAAAACUUGCCCCAGAAUGGAAGAAAGCAGCUAGUAACCUGAAGGGUAAAGUUAAGCUGGGUCAUGUCAACUGUGAUGAAGAUAAGUCUUUGAUGAGCAGAUUCAAAGUGCAAGGAUUCCCAACCAUCUUAGUGUUUGGUACUGAUAAAGACAGCCCGUUCCCAUUCGAAGGUGCAAGAAGUGCUUCUGCAAUCGAGUCAUUUGCUCUCGAACAGUUGGAAACAAAUGCUGCUCCUCCUGAGGUUAUUGAGCUGAUUAGCUCGGACGUCAUGGAAGAGAAGUGUGGUUCUGCUGCAAUAUGCUUUGUUUCUUUCCUACCAGAUAUCUUGGAUUCCAAGGCUGAAGGAAGGAACAAGUACCUUGAGAUGUUGCUGUCAGUAGCUGAGAAAUUCAAAAGAAGUCCUUACAGCUUUGUCUGGGUGGCUGCAGGUAAACAGACAGAUCUGGAGAAGAAUGUGGGUGUUGGUGGGUAUGGUUAUCCUGCUAUGGUGGCCCUAAACGCCAAGAAAGGUGCCUAUGCUCCACUUAAGACCGCAUUUGAGCUUGACCAUAUAGUGGAAUUCGUGAAGGAAGCAGGGCGCGGUGGGAAGGGUAAUCUCCCAAUGAGUAGUACUCCUAAGAUAGACAAGGUUGAACCUUGGGAUGGAAAAGAUGGUCAAGUGAUUGAAGAGGAUGAGUUUUCUCUUGACGAACUCAUGAAAGAUGACCUGUAAACUGUUCCAAUUUAGAGAUUAGGAUAACCAGCCGGGUUUAACAGAGAUUUCUUUUUUUAUUUCUCCCUUAAAAUUAGUAUUUUGGCAAACCACAUUAGCAUUUUAUUGAAUGGAGAACGUCAUGUACUGUCAAAGGGAUGUCAAAUUAGCUCCUGAGUUUAUUUAAGGCCUCAUUUGAUGAGUUGAAAAAGAAUAUACCUGUAUACUGCCAUCUUUUGCUGGUUUUUUAGUAAUCUAAAUUUUGAAGAAGAGGAAAAAAUAAUACUCUAUUAAGAAUAAUAAUCUAUUGCAAGAAA